AUGCGGGCGCGGCGGCGACCUGCAAGGGAAGGGCGACGCUCGAAUCGAUCCAGCGCCAUGGAUCGUUCCCUACGGGAGAAAGAGAAAAUGAGGGAGAGAGAAGGAAGGAGAGGAAGGAGAAAGAGAGAGGAAAGAGGAGAGGGAGGUGCAGCGUUGACCGACGGCUCGCGCGGUGGUGCGGAAGACGGCGGCCUCAGCGGGUGUGCGACGACAGGAGGUUCCCAAGCCAGCUCGGGCCGCUGCUACCUCUUCCUCGCCGCCCAACAGGUCGCCGUGCUGGGGGAGCAGGGUAGCAUCGGGUCCACAGGCUGGGGUGGAGGCCUUCCCAACUCAGACUGCGCGUCCUCCUCUUUGCCGCGUCAUCACCCUGGUCAGCUGAGCACCAACCCGACGGCUCCGGCAUCCGAUGCCAACACAACGAGGUUAUACUCCAAUCAAACAUGUGAAUAUUUACCAGAGUGCUUCAAGAUCGAUUUGAUGAUCCACUACCGCUCUGCUGUUGGGACUAAUUUGGAUGGGAAUGGUGAUUUGAUGGUUGAUUAUGAUUACCUGGUUCUUGCUCUUGGAGUUACUGUGAAUACAUUCAACACUCCUGGUGUGAUGGAGCAUUGCCACUUUCUGAAGGUAGUGGAGGAUGCCCAAAAGAUUCGGAAGAGCGUGAUAGACUGCUUUGAAAAGGCGUCACUUCCUAACCUCAGUGAAGAGGAGAAAAGGAAGAUCCUUCACUUUGUGAUUAUCGGUGGUGGACCUACUGGGGUUGAAUUUGCCGUGGAGUUGCAUGAUUUUCUUGUCAAAGAUCUGGUGAAGCUAUAUCCUGCAAUUGAAGAAAACUCUCAACUCCUACUUGCGCUCCGCCUCUUCCUCCUUUUCAUAGCUCAAUAG